CGUUGACGCGUAACGUUCAUACCAGUCGUGAUUGAACCUUGGAUCGCUUUUGAUCGCUAUGAACGCCUUUCACAUCUGAAUAACCAUAUUGCGCUUUCUAAUGGGCUAUCGUAAUAUUGCAGUAAAAUUAUAACAUGUUGAAAUUCAAGAUAAGAUAUUUUUUCACUAUCGCGCUAUUCGCGGUGGCCUCCACUGACAUACCAUCGUACAUAAAAAUAUGCAGUCAAAAUGAUCCGGACUUAAACAAGUGCAUCUUUAAUUCGAUAGAACAACUACGAGAUAAUCUAGCCAAAGGAAUUCCGGAAUUGGAUGUUCCACCGAUCGAACCGCUCUUUUUGGAAAACUUGCGCUUGUUGAGAGGUCCAAAUAGCGCGAGUUUCGACAUGAAUCUCACGAAUAUAGAGGUGUACGGGGCGUCCACGUUUAAAAUCGAUAAUCUCAAAGUCGAUAUAAAUAAAUUGCUCUUCACAUACAACCUCACUUUCUCGAAGCUCGAGUUUCAAGGGAAAUAUUCGAUAGACGCGAAAAUACUGUUGUUUCAGCUGAAAGGAGCCGGGAAUCUUAACGGAACUUUCCGCGAUUACAGAGGUAAUGUAGUUAUGAAGGCUAAAAGGAUCCACAAGGAUAAUGAUACUUACUUGCACUUCGACAAGAUGAAAUACGGUAUCUAUAUAAACAAACUCCUCAUUAAUCUGAAUAAUUUGUUUAAUGGCGAUAAACUUCUCGGAGAUGCGACCAACGAACUUUUGAACGAAAACCACGAUCUGAUUCUGCAAGAUAUAACGCCCCUGCUACAAAAUUCCUUGGAGAAUCUCUUCUUGGAUGUGGCAAACAAAAUCACUCGAACCUUCACAUACAACGAACUGUUUCCAGAAAAUUAGCCAUCGUUGAUCUUUGUGCUUAGAUCGAUCUAAAUUAUUCACACGUUUAUUCUUCAGCCUUGACAAUCAUCGGUUUCGUACGGCGUCAAAUUUGAUAAAUUUUCGCCUAUCGUUCUAUUUUCUUUUUUCGUUUUAUAUUGUAAUAUUACGUUGGGCGUAAUUAUAGUUAUAUAUAAUCAUAAUGUACAAGCACAUUGAUUAUCGUGCUCAAAUAACGUCGAACGAAACAAUUGAUUUCUCUUCGAGUUAUCGGCAAACUUUUUGGUAAUUAAUGUAUUAAAAAGAAAGAAAAGAGUACUAACUAUAUUAUAAUAAUUAAAAAACUGUAACACUAUAAUUAUCAUAAGCUACAUAUAUAUUAAUAAUUAUAUAUUGAUACAACACGCAAUUCUCCACAUAUGUCUAUAUUUAAUUAUGUAUCAUAGUUUAAUAUAAUAUAUACAUUAACAAAGAAA